GUAAGGCGGUGCAGCCAGAGGCAUGUCACUCUCGCUAUCUGCUGGGUGACUUCUCCUUUCCAUACCAGCAAUGGCCGAAUUUUAAAAUGCACCACUGGAAGACAGGAGCGACUUUGUCUGCAUGUUCUGACAUGGUCUAAGCCCUAAAUGUCAAAUAUGCUGAGAAUGGAAGAUAUUUGUUUUGCCAAAAGUCUGAAGAAGACUGGAAGAACUGCGGACUUUUAAAGUGUUCAUAGCUGUGCCAUAACCUGGUAAAUAUUUUCAGCUCAAAGAAAUGGCUCUAUCCCAGAUCCAGUGUCUGGAUGAGAACAACGUAAACCCGCGGAUCCACGAGUCCAAACCGGAGUUCUUCUACUGUGAGGAGCAGCGUCUCGCGCUUGAAGCGCUCCUCCGGGAUGGUCGCGAGGCGUUCGCUAAGUACCUGGAGUCCCGCGGCCUGCGGGGUUUCCUCUCCGACCUGGAGCAGGAGACACUGACCGCCGCUCUGGAGCCCUUUGACCCGGACGCGGAUCUUUUCUCAGGGGAGCGAGAGGGCGAGCCAGAGCCGCUGUCGCUGCACUACUGGCCGGACGUUUCGGACACCUCUAUCCCUCAAAUGGACCUGGGCUGGCCUGACUGCGAGUCGUACAGAGGGGUGACACGCACGACAGUGUACACACAGCCCCCGAUGGAGGGUCAGGCCCACAUCAAAGAAGUGGUCAGAAAAAUGAUUGCACAGGCGCAGAAGGUGAUAGCCGUGGUGAUGGACGUCUUCACUGACGUCGACAUCUUCAGAGAUCUGUUAGAUGCCGGGUUUAAAAGGAAGGUGUCUGUUUACAUCCUGCUGGAACGCACAAUGCUACCUCAUUUCCUUUCAAUGUGUCGGAGGGCUAACAUGCAUGCCGGGCACCUGAAGCAUCUUCGUGUACGCUGCACAGAAGGAGCAGAGUUUUACACUCGGUGCUGCACCAGGGUCAAGGGGCAACUCGGGCACAGGUUCAUGUUCAUUGAUGGAGACAAAGCUGUGUCUGGGUCAUACAGUUUCACAUGGAUGUCCUCACGACUGGAUAGAAAUCUCAUCACUGUUACCACGGGCCAGGCUGUGAAUGCUUUUGACCAAGUGUUUCGCUACCUGUAUGUUACUUCUAGUUUUGUUGACCUCCGCCAAGUCACCACAGACCCUGAGCCUGAACCAGACACUCGGCAUCAGGUUUUAUCUGUGGCUCCUCCUUCUGCUGCUGUUGCUAGAAAACUAUACAACCCCAAAUAUGCCCUUGUUGCUUUAAGUAGCGCCAGCCCCGUGAACUCCAGUAGAAAUGAUACACCCAAAGAGCCUGAAGUUUUAGAGGAACCAAAAAAUAAGAAGCAAAAGAGAACACGUGAAGACCCACCACAGGAUGGUCCUCCUAUCCAUCCUGGACUUUUAGGUCUGGAGAAAGCAUGCUUACUCUCAUAUCUGCCCACCUGGCCAGAACCUGAUCCACCAAGCGAUGUGAUAGGGUUCAUUAAUAUCCGGGACUCUAAAAAACCAACCCAAGUUCAUCUGCAACGUUCUGAGAUGUUUGAAAUCAGCCAAGCAAUCAAGUUUAGCAGUCCAUUCAGCAAGCCACAGGAAACUUUGCCAGAGGUUGCAAAGCCCAGAAAUCGAAGUGCACAAAGUGAAUCCAAGACUGAUGGUUUGUUGGUGGAUAAAGCAAAACCAGAAAAGAAAAGUGUAGGUCUUGUUGACAAUAACAAUGAAGAAAUGGCGCCUGAAAAAAACUCACCUCUGCACAGACAAAAGGUCAAUUUGGACGAAAGCGAAACUCAAAUUCUCCAAAUGCAGAAAAAAUUGUGUUCAGAUUCAGAUUCAGGUCCUGUUUCUCUUAUUCCUCAAGCACUACCACAAUCUAGCAUCAAAGCACUCAAACCUAAUAAUGAACAACCUUCACACAAAGCCCAAAUUACCUCCACAACCAGUUCUUUGUCAGAGUCCCUCAAAGAAUUUAAACGUGAACCUGAAAUUGCGACUGUUUCACAAACACAAAGUACUUUCGUGGAUGGAACAAAAACCCUGAAGUCAAACACUGCACAAAAAUCUCAACUGCACAAUCAAACUCAGUUAAAUACAGAAGAACAUAAUAUUGUGUCACAUCAAGAGUCAAACACUAAUGGUGUUAAUACACAACCUAAAAUCUCCUCUGAAGAGACUUGUGACCUCCAGAACACUGACAGUCCAAGGUACAUUGCAACUCCUUCUGCUUGUCCUGAGCAAUCUGAAAGUUUACUUUCCAAAAAUAAUCUUGUGACUAUUACAGCAGUGGCUUCAACCACAGCUACAAGUUCUUGUAAUUCAACUCCUUCUACUAACUCACUUUUGAUCGAUCCUCCCUCCACGUCUUCUUUUCCAAAAUUACCUUUACUCCCGUCUUCUGCAUCUUCUUUUACAAGUUCUGUUACUCCAGACUCUAAGCCUUGCUCUGAGCAACUACUUAAACAAGAUAACGUCAAUAGCAAUACUGAGACAACUCCAGAUAUUGUUGUUGUUGUUGAGAAGUCUAAAACCAGUUUAGGGCCACAAAUUAUUACUGAUGUUUCUGCUUUAACAGGUUUGGUGCAAACAUCUCCAGUAAAAAAUCUUGAAAGUGGCCCAGAAUUGCACAGAAACAGUGUCAGCAAAACAGGACAUCCAAAUCAAACAGAGAACACAAAUGUUCCUGAAGAUACCAAAAGGGAAACACAAACUUCCAAAAAUGCGUCAAAUCAAGAGUCACAUGCCUAUGCUGCUGACACACAACUUACAAUUUCCUCCGAAGAGACUUGUAACCUCCAAAAUCUUGGCAGACCAGGUCACAUUGCGACCUCUUCUGCUUCUCCAGCACAAUCUGAAAAUUCUCUUUCAAAAAAUGUUGUGACUAUUACAGCAGUGGCUUCAACCUCAGGUACAAGUUCUUGUAAUUCAGCUCCCUCUACUAGCUCACUUUCAACCAGUCCUCCAUCCACCUCUUUUCCAGAAUUACCUUUACUCCCAUCCUCUGCAUCUUCUUUUACAAGUUCGGUUGCUCCAGACUCAAAGCCUUGUUCUGACCAACUGUUUAAACAAGACAGAGUCAAAGACAAUACUGAGACAACUCCAGGGAUCUCUGUGGACAAGAGAUCUAAGACCAAUUUAGGGCCACAGAUUUUAACUGAUGCUUCUGCUUUAACAAGUUUGGUGCAAACAUCUCCAGUAAAAAAUCUUGACAGUGGCCUAGAUUUGCAAAGAAACAGUGUCAGCAAAACAGGACAUACAAAACAAACAGAGAACACAAAUAUUCCUGAAGAUACCAAAAAGGAAACACAGACCGUCACUUCCCAAAAUGCGUCAAAUCAAGAGUCACAUUGUAAUGCUGCUGAUACACAACUUAAAAUAUCCUCUGAAAAGACUUGUAACCCCCCAAACCCUGGUAGUCCAGGGUACAUUGCAACUUCUUCUGCUUCUCCCAUACAAUCUGAAAGUUCACUUUCUAAAAAUAAUAUUGUAACUAUUACAGCAGUGGCUUCAACCACAGGUACAAGUUCUUGUAAUUCAACUCCCUCCACUAAUUCACUAUUGAUCGAUCCUCCUUCCACGUCUUCUUUUCCAAAAUUACCUUUACUCCCAUCCUCUGCAUCUUCUUUUACAAGUUCUGUUGCUCCAGACUCAAAGCCUUGUUCUGACCAACUGUUUAAACAAGACAGAGUCAAAGACAAUACUGAGACAACUCCAGGGAUCUCUGUGGACAAGAGAUCUAAGACCAGUUUAGAGCCACAAAUUUUAACUGAUGCUUCUGCUUUAACAAGUUUGGUGCAAACAUCUCAAGUAAAAAAUCUUGAAAGUGGCCUAGAUUUGCGAAGAAACAGUGUCAGCAAAACAGGACAUUCAAAACAAACAGAGAACACAAAUAUUCCUGAAGAUACCAAACAGGAAACACAGACCGUCACUUCCCAAAAGAGAAAGGGUAAGGAAACUGAUAGAAAACACAAUGACAGGUCAGAAGUGCAGUCUGUUACUGAAGCCCACCUUGAAACAACGUCAGAUGUUUCAGCAAAAGAUUCAUCAAGUACAGCCAUUGUGAAUAUUAAUGAACUAAUCCCUAAAAGUGUUGAUUCAAAGACUCACAGAGACUGCAUAGCCACAUCAACAAGUAGCAGCACUUCUGAUAAAACCCUGACUAACUUGGAAUGUACCAAAGCAACAAAUACUCAAACAUACCUUGCAAGAUGCCAUGAACCUCAAAUAAUAUCAUAUAGUAACUUUACAUUAGAUGAUAUAAAUAAGGCACAACCUUUGGAAACUUCAACAGGUCCAACAAAUAGGAUAUCAGACAAUAUUUACAUACUCAAAGAAAACCAUGAUGGCAGUAAAAACAGUGCUGCAAAUGCAAUGAGUCAGCCUGGUAAACAAGCACAAGUCCCAUCAGUAGAGAGCACAAUCAUCACUUUAAACUCAGUAAAACAACACACGCACAACACCUUUCUAGAACAAGCUUGCAUAACACAAGGAGGUGCAUACACCUCCAGAAAAACACUUAAUUUACCCUUUUCCAAUGGGCAAGCAAUGGAUUUGAGUUUGCAAACCAACAAACAAGAAUCACAGUUACCUGCAGCUGAUGUACAAAGUUCAGCUCCAAAAGUGUCUCCUCCAAAUCUACCUCCCACAGAUUCACAAACAACCUCGCCAGACCUACAAACGCCUACAACUGAUAUCAGUGAUGAUUACUUAUCAUCAAGAGAGGACUCCACUGCCUCUGAAGAGUACUUUGAAUGUAGAGAGUCUCCUUCACAUGAACCAGUUCUUGACACAAGUGGGUGUUGCAGCCAUGGGACAGGAAAGAAUAGCAGCCCAACUAACUCAGAUUGUCAUUUUUCAAGAAAUGUUGGCACUAGUUCUGUUGACUUAGAUAAUAUUUCUAGUGCUUCUGGAUUAACCAGUUCAAGUCAUAGUACUUCUUCCAGUGAAUCCAGUAUUUUAUCUUGGACUUGUAGAGAACCCCCUACCUCUCUGUUUGGGACAAAAGGCCCAAACAGAGAGACAAAUAUCACAAAUAGAAGAAAUAGCAAAGAAGGUGCUACAAUUGAGGUAAACAGUAGCAACACAGAGAAAAAGAAGGAGCGUGUACACCAGAGCAUGGAGGGCACAAACAGUAAGGAGUUAAAUCAAAUGCCUAGGUCUUUAAAAAAGGAGAGUGAUUUAAAAGAAAUGGCCUUAAAACUCAGAAAGGCCUCCGGGGGACAGGUUGAAGGAGCCACGACAGAUGGAGAAUCAGUGCAGAAAGAGACAAAGCGGCUGUCCACUGGUGAACUUAAACCAGAAAGGGUUUUAUCUGAGGGAAAGAAAUCCCUUUCCAGCAAGGAUAAGCCAACGAACCAGGCUGCACUAACCCCCGGCAAUACGGUGAUAAGACAGAGGCAAUCUACAAGGGAGACAACAGGACAGAAGCCUUUGAACCCAUCACCCAAAUCUCAGCCACGUCAGCAGCCAGGCAGCAGAGGCUCUUCACCUUCGCGACCACUGAGUUCCACUAGAGGCUCCCAAACUCAGGCACCUCGUCCUUCGGGAAUCCGUGAUCUUAGCCAAACAGAAAGCAGGGCUCCUCAAAGUAAUGUCAAAGAGUUUGUUUACAAGCCACCUCCUCGCAGAUCACAAUCCAGAUCCCCCUCUCCAAUGAAAGCUGCUCCUACUGGGUCUGCACCCGGGCGAAAGCAGGUCUCCCAGAGCCAGCUGCUCACCCGGCAGCCUCCAGCCGCGCAGACUCGGUCAAAGUUUGACCCACCACAAAUCCAGGCUGCAAAGCAACAGGCCUCCACUCAACACACUCUUUCCAGCCUGCAGCCUCAGGCCCACCCUCUUGUCUCUAGUCAAGAAGUGUCUGAACAGACAGCUCAUGAACCAGAAGAAGCAAGGGUUCCUUUUAACUUGUCUCUCAGCAGGUUAUACAACUUUAAGGGAUUAAGGGACAAAUGGACCAAGCUGCCGACUCAGAGCAGGAGAAGUAGCACUGGCACACAUGUAAAAGAACGUAAAAGCACAAGUUAAUGAUGUUUAUCUGUUGUCCUGUCAUCGCAAUAUGUUACUGAAACAUCAGACCAGAGAACAGGGAUUAAAAACUGAGUCAGUGCUGAAAAUGUCAAUUAAGUGGCUGUUUUUGAUAUUAUUUGCCAUUAUUUCUGAAAAGUUUGUGCUGUUUCCUUGUACUUCUUUUGAAAGUGUUAAAUUUGCACACUGUUAUUACAUAAUAAAUCUCAGAUAUACUAUAUGUCUGUCUGCAUGGAGUACAUGCCAAAAUUUGCUGUAGAAUUAAAUACUUGAGUCUUUAAUUUUGUUCUCACUUUAUUUGGUGGUGCGUGUGAAUUUGCCUUUUUUAGUUUUUAGUCCAGUUUAUAGUUUACUGUAUUAGCAAGUUUAUUUACAUAUUUUUGAGAAGUUUUAAAGCUGAGCAUUCUGUGCAGUUUUGAGUUGGGAAUAUGAUGAAAACAACGAACAGAUUCCACCAGCCGUGACACACAGUGCCUUUUCAAUCCAAAACAUUAUGACAGUUUCAAUGUGGUUUUCCUGCUCUGACUUUCUGUUUAAACAAGAUUUUGCAAUAAAAAUUUUGAAACACAA